AAGUGGAAGCUGUACUUCUGCACAGCGUGGGAUAUUAAUGAUACCGAAUCCCCAGGAAGCUCAGCGCUAUAGCACCGAAGCAGAUCACAUGGUCAGAUGGCUCCAACUAAUUGUGUGCCAAGACAUUUGUUCCUCUGCUUCGGAGUGUUUACUUUACCUCACCGAAGCUGCACAGCUUCCCUACGCGUCUUUGCACACUCGUGUUUUUCCUUUCCAUCAAAUUGCUCGCGACAUACUUUUCUUAAAGCCUCCAUCUCACGAGAUAUCUGAUCGCCUUAAUUACGCGACGUGUUGCAUAAAAACUCCGCAUCAUGCCUUCCUGGUUGAACACGCAUCGCAAAGCCGACCUCGAGGAUCUUGCCGGCCAAGCUGGAAUUGACGACGUCUCUGAUCUUCGCAAAGUCGAAAUCGUCGCUCUUCUUGAAGAAAGAUUGACAAAUCACGCGUCAGAGUACUCUCAGCUUCCAGUCUUCGAAGGCUACUAUGCCCGCAAAGGUUCUCCCACCAAGCGAGAGAUGGGUUCCACUCCUGCUGCCGAGCUAGAUGUGACAAAAUCUGUCACUCGCAGACGCGCCACCCAGAUCAAGGGUGAAUCAGACGCUGAGCCAGUCUCCUCACCCACUGCAGCUACUGGCAGGCGCGCUGCUCGCGCCGCAGUCGUGCGAACUCCGGCCAGAGUUGAGGCUCCCAGGAUCGAGGCUGCCAUAUUCGACGCUCCCAGGAUUGAGGAAUCAAUCUUUGAUGCCCCUACAGUUGGAGGCGCAAUGAUCGAGGAUACUUCACUUCUCAGCCCUCCGCGUAUGCCAUUGCCUCCUUCACCGGCUGUCGUGACAGAUGCCAUCGAGGAGCAAACUGCUCGUAUCUCAGAGGGCGUGAAUAAGCUCUGGAACGCGUCGCACAUCAUGGACAUGCUCUACGAUGCUCGUGUUGGUUUGUCUUCUGUCACCGGUGUUCACACCACAAUUUUCCUCCUCGAAUUUGCCGCCCUCCACUACGCAACCGUUCCGCGUAAUUUCGCAUUCGAUGUUCCAAGUCUAUUCGGAUUCCCCGGCUUUGCGGUGUUCUUACCUGAUCUGUUUGUGUUGCUUACUCAUCACUACUGGGCUCCUUCUUUGCUGUGGGCUACCAUGAACUUCUGGGCCCCACUUGCCAUGGGCUGGUUGUUCAACCUCUCUCUUAAGCUUAAGAAGAAGGAUGGGUACGAAGACUACAGACCCAAGUACCGCAUUGACCCUCUCAUGUUUAGUAUUGCUAAGGCUCUGAUGUCAUGGAUGGUAUAUUCUCAAGGCAACAGGCUCUAUGGAACCUUCGCCGACGAGACGGUCAAGACUGUCGAAACUGCCAUGCCCUAUGGCUACAGUGGCAGCAUGGUUGCAGCGUACAUCGGUAUUGCAACAAGCAUCUGGGAUGGCAUCCAGAAUAAGAAGUGAUCAACAGAGUGUAACUGAUGACACUCCCUGGACACAACUCGGACUUGGAGACGUUCGUGUGUUUCUACAGCUCGGAACUUCUUGGUAUGGUCAUGGAAGGCAGAAGACUGCACACUGGGACAUAAAGCAGCGCUAGCACGUUGGUGAAUUGAGAUCGUUGUUUAUAUGGUUGUUCAGGAAGAUUUGGCUGGCGUUACUCGGAUUUUGGGGGGCUACUUCUUCGAGUAGAUGGAUUGCGCAUGUUUGUUUACUGUGGGCUACAACCCUGUACAGCCGUUAUUAGCUAUCUCUCCAUAACACACGAUACAAUCGAACAAAUGCACAAUCGACUCAGCG